UUUUGUUGUCUAUUGGGCCAGGGGGUUGACUUCCAAGGAAACGAGUUUCAAAAUCUUGAAGCAACCGAAAUGGGAAUUUGGUUAUCCGCAAUCUCAGGGAGUGUGGUAAAACAUCGGGAAUGGCGGAGGGAAAUGGAGCCCUGGGUCCAAGAGCUCGUCAUUGUAGACGCUGCCGCUCGUGUAUGCGGUGAGCAGUUUUUUUCUGCGGGCGAGUGCUGAUUUUUAGUGGACAUUGUGUGUUUGUGGAAGCGUUGAAGACGGUGUUAGAGGAUUGAGACUGGGUGAUUUGGAGAAGAGAUCCAGUUGUAAGAUUAGAGUUCAGUAGCAGUUGUCAGAUUGCUGUGUGUUUGGGGAAGAUCCAGAAGUUUUCGGAGAGGUACGAGUUGGAGUAAAGAGGACGAAGAAUGAAUCGGUUGGCGACGUUCCUCUUGGUUUUCGUCAUAGCCUUGUCACUCAUCGCCAGUUCCUCUUGCGGACGACAAGGUUAUGUGGACUCACAGCAAAAAACUACCACCACGUAUAUCCCUAGGGGGAGGAGUCAUCACAAGAGGGUAUCAAAAUAUGACUACGGUCAAGGGGUUUCAUUCCAUGCGACGGUAGUGGAGAGUACAUUAGCGGAUUAUGAUUACUCAACUCCUCGAUCCAACAACCUCCACGACUCUGGAAAGUUCCAGCGCGGAGGUUUGAGACGAAGACGAUAAUGGAGACGAGGGAGGUAACUAUAUCAAAUGUGUACAUUGCAACUGUUGAAGACAAUCACGGAGACGUAACUCUGCAGCUCAAAAGAAGUGGCUCCACUGGGUUUACUUCAUGACUCUUCGUGAAAGCACAAUUUAUCAGUUACGGGGUUUUUUUUUUCUUGUAUACAAGCCAGUUGCACUCUUGAGUAGACUAUCGCAUCUGUAAGAUAUUUUACCAUGAAACAAUGUUGUCUGAAGUAUUGUUGGACCGUUAUAGUUACGUCAACACUUAAGAAAAGAAUAAACGCAUCGUAGUGUAUCGUGUGUAGUGACUUUAAGUCGAGGGAAAGCCGCAAGGGAUGGACGUUUGCUUGAGUAUUAUAAGUCUUUGUCAAGGCUUCCAAGUAAUGAGCGAGCGAUGAACCGAGUCUAUCAUUGUCAAUGCAAGGUGUGAUUAUUGUUUUUUGUAAGUUAAAAUUUUUUUGAUAGUGAGUGUAGCUAAAUUAUAGACUCAGUUCUUACCAUAUUAGUUUUUUUCGCAAAAGCUCACAUCUCGAAUAGUGGUUCUUUCUCUUCUUGCUUGGUCGUUAUGUUUCUUCGGAAACCUGAGAUGGGUUAAUGUGUUCGAACAUUUUGAUCUUGAGCUUGUGUCUAGGGGUCAGUCAGUGAGCUAUAAGAUAAUCGUUGAUUUAGGUGAUAAAACUUAUUCCACUUUGAUGGAUUCUUAAUCUAAUAUUUA